GCCACUAUACUAGUUAUUUCUCUCAUGGCUGUGAUCUAACAGUUGGCAGAGAUCCAGUUAUAGGAGGCAAAGUUUAUUUAACAUCAGAUUUAUAGAAAUAUAAGUCAACAUACUGAGAAGAACUAAUGGCAUGGACUUCAGCAGUGUUGUACAGUUGAUUUUACAGCAUUUGUAAUCUCAAUACUCUUCUGACAGGUCUAAUGCUACUUGAACUCAUUGGCACAAGAAAACUUUCUGUACAGAACACCAUUAGCACACAUACUAAUGUCAACAAUGAAUAAAUUGGACCUCAUGAAACUGAGAAGCAUCUAUCUGCACAGCAAAGGACACCAUCAUUCAGGCAAAGUGGCAGCCUACAGAAUGGGAUAAGCUUUUUACCAACUACAUACCUCUAGCUGAAAAGGAUGCUUCUGCCAAAAAGCAUUUAGUUCCUGUCUCCUCACGCCUUAUAUACCUUUCUUCAAACAACUAUCACUUCCUGGGAUUAAAGGCGUGUGCUUCCCAGUACUGGAAUUAAAGAAUCUGUCAAGUCCCCAUCCCAAGAUGUCCUCGGAAGAAAUGAAAAACCUCCACCUGGACGAACGGUACCUGCAGCCAGAAACCAAAGAAGUGAAUGGGAUCCUCAUGUCCAAGAUGAUAAGUGAUAAUUGGGACAAAAUCUGGAACUUCCAAGCAAAGCCUGACGACCUCCUCAUUGCGACCUAUGCAAAGGCAGGUACCACCUGGACACAGGAAAUUGUGGACAUGAUCCAAAAUGAUGGGGAUGUGCAAAAGUGCCAGCGGGCCAACACCUUUGACCGCCACCCUUUCCUCGAGUGGACUUUGCCUCCACCCCUCAACUCGGGUCUGGAUCUGGCUAACAAAAUGCCUUCCCCUCGAACCCUGAAGACUCAUCUGCCUGUUCAGAUGCUGCCACCUUCCUUCUGGAAAGAAAACUCAAAGAUUAUCUAUGUGGCCAGAAAUGCCAAGGACUGCCUGGUAUCUUACUACCAUUUCUCAAGAAUGAAUAGAAUGCUGCCUGACCCUGGGACAUGGGAAGAAUAUGUUGAAACAUUCAAAGCUGGAAACGUGUUGUGGGGCUCCUGGUAUGACCAUGUAAAGGGAUGGUGGGAUGUGAAAGACCAACACCGCAUUCUCUACCUCUUCUAUGAAGACAUGAAAGAGGACCCAAAGAGGGAAAUUGAGAAGAUAGUAAAAUUCCUUGAAAAAGACAUAUCAGAGGAAGUUCUAAAUAAAAUCAUCCAUCAUACCUCCUUUGAUGUAAUGAAGAAAAACCCAAUGGCCAACUAUACCACUCUACCCACCAGCAUCAUGGACCACUCAAUCUCUCCUUUCAUGAGGAAAGGGAUGCCUGGAGACUGGAAGAACUACUUUACUGUGGCACAAAGUGAGGAUUUUGAUGAAGACUACCGGAAGAAGAUGGCAGGGAGCACUAUUACUUUCCGCACAGAGAUCUGAGAGCAAUGGAGUUGGGGGAGGGGACUAGAUUUUCUGACUAUUUUUUUUUAGCCAUUUUAAGCCUCAUGUUAAAAUAUAUUUAACACCUGUUCCUGAGCUGUUGCCCAAUUCUGUAGGUCCUAUCAUACUAUGUCAUCAAAAUGUAGCCAAACCCUGUAUAGAACAAUUUCUGUUACAGCAUGUGAUUAUUCUUAGUGACACCUACCACACAACCAUGUACUUUAAUGUUCUUAGGCAAAACUCAUGAAUAGACAUACAUGAGAACAGGAUUUCAACAUAUGAGAGUAAAUCAGAAAAGCAAAGAGAGUAAGAAGUAAGCACUGAGCAUAAACGGAAGGAUAGUAGUUUUCUUAACAACUGUCUUUGUCUGUCGUACAACACUGUAACAAGACACCUAGUUAGUUUAUAAAGA